UGUAUAAGUAUUUAACUUAUUAUGUCCUUUACAGCUCCAGUCUACUUCACUAUUAACUUCACAUUGACCAAUCUGAGUUUCAGUGGAGAGCUCGCAAACAAAAGCAACCCAGUGGCGAGCACUAUCACAUCUCUGGUCAGUAAUAUGCUUGAAAACAGCAGUUUGUCUCCGGAAUUUAAUUCUUGUCAGCCAUUUUCCUUCAGUCCUGGACUCAACAAUGGUACAACUGUAGUGCUCAGCUGCACAUUCAAGAAUGACACUUCAGUGACAAAUUUGAACAGAGUGACUGUUUACACAGAGCUCAGCCAAAGAACCCAAAACAGCACUCUGUUGGGACCGUACGGGAUGGAUCCCAACAGCUUCUAUGUCAAUGGCUAUCAUGAAAUCAUACCAUAUUCUAACAAUCCCAUCCUUCCGUCAUAUUCUGUGAACUUCACAAUCACUAAUGUAAAGAUCCCUGCAGAUCUGGGUAUAAGCAGAGCUGAUGAAUAUCAAUAUCUGUCUCUUACACUCACUACCUUGAUGGACAAGCUUUUCAGAAAUAGUAGUGUUCCCUACUUCUACAGUAGCUGCACAUUACUUGAUUUUAGUCCUGCAAAUGGAGGUGACAACACGGCAGUGUAUGCAUUGUGCAAUUCCACAAAUAACAACCCUGUCGAUGGAUCUAAUGUGGCACAAGUCUACCAUGCAAUAAGAAGUGGAACUGCCAACAUCACAACUUUGGGACCCUAUACACUGGACCAAAACAGUCUAUAUGUUAACAACUAUACUGAGGGACAGAAGCUUCCUUUCCCCACUCCCACUGUUCUGAGUUCCACAUCCAUGAAUCCAAUGACAGAAUCCACCAGCUCUGACAGUAGUAAAUUUACUGUUAAUUUCACCAUCAUUAACAGAAACUACAGCCAGGACUUGGACAAUCCCAACUCUCUAUUAUAUAAAGAAAUGAAGUCAAAUAUAACUCAAAUGAUGACAGCUCUGUACAGUAAAAGCAGCUUGAACAACAGUUACCAGUACUGCACACUAAAUGGUUUCAGUGCUGGAUCUGUGAAAGUGAACUGCCUUUGCACCUUCAAGAAGAUCAGUAAUGGAUCAGCCCUCGUUGACAGCGCUGUCCAAAAUGCCUUUGCAACGGGGACAAACAGCACAACACUGCUCGGAGGGGUCUAUGAGCUACGAUCAGACAGUCUGUCUGUGAAGGACACUGUUAUCAUAAUUCCACAACGUAAUGAAGUGCCCUUCUGGGCCAUUAUCCUGAUUGUCCUGGCAAUCUUAUUGGGUCUCAUUCUUCUUUUCUUCUUUUGCUUUUUGCUGGCACUUCUGGCCCAACGGCGCAUGGCUGGCUCUUAUGAUCUGAUGAAAAUCCCUUAUGGCGAGUACUACACUCACCUAAAAUAAAUGGAAUAAAUGCAUGUGGCCAACUGUAAAAGGCUGACUUUCUGCUGAUUCAGAGCUCUCAUGGAAAACAUUUUAUACUUCCUACAACGAGAAGGUCAAGAACAACUUGGCUUUUGUAAUAUAACAACAUUGAUAUUUCUAGUUAUUUACAUACAAUUUGCAAUUGCUCUGUAAGAACAAAGAAGAUGUAGUGAUGUGGUUUACUUCGCUUGUAAUAAUGAUAAAAAUAAUAAUAAUAAUAAUAAACAUUUUAUUUAUAUAGCACUUUUCCCAAGCUCAACUUGAAGUGCUCAGAAACUACUUUUUAUGUUUAGUAUUAUCAACAAACUCUUUAUGUUGACCUUUGUACUUUCUUAAUGUUGAUUCAAAAAAGCAAUAUUUAGCAAUAUAUUAUUUCUCAUUUUCAAAUGCACACAAUUGAAGGAGUAUAAAUACUGCAGGAAAACAAAAUGUAAUAAAAAUGCCUCUUUGCACAGGAACCGUGGUUUUAAAAUAUCUAGUGUAUUUUUUACUCAGGAAAUGUAAUGAUAUUUCAUUUUUACAGUCUUUUUUUCUUAUCAGCUACAAAAUUAUAGCUAUGUUGCAAAAGAAUCAAAUAAAAUAAACCAUGUCUGUUUAGUAUCAUCUAUGAAUAUACUAUAUAUGUAAGGAUAUUUGUGUGUGUGUAUAUAUAUAUAUAUAUAUAUAUAUAUAUAUAUAGAGAGAGAGAGAGAGAGAGAGAGAGAGAGAGAGAGAGUAAUCAUAUUUAUAAGUGUUUAUAGCUUUCAAAAUGCACUCUGUGUAAGAGUAACUGUAAUAUUUUUGCUGGUACUUAAAAUGAUAUUUUAUUGUAUGAAAUCAUUAAGACUAUAUAUUUUAUUACUAUUUAAAAUAAAUUAUU